CGCUCGCCCGUGACGCGCCCAAUGGCGCACUAUAUGUGCCUCGCGUCAAGACUGACUGCAGUUUAGUCUGCCUUCACUUCAGAAUGAAGUCGUGUUUGCUGCUCGCGCUCCUGCUGUUCUCUCUCGUCUGUCUGAUGUACCAAGCGUCAGACGCGUGUUCGUGCGCGAUGUCUCAUCCACAGGACGCGUACUGCCACUCUGACAUCGUGAUCAGAGCUAAAGUGGUGGGUAAGAAGCUGCUGGACGACGGUCCGUUCGGCACCCUGCGCUACACGGUCAAACAGAUGAAGAUGUACAAGGGCUUCGAUAAGAUCCAGCACGUGCAGUACGUCUACACGGACGAGUCCGAGAGCAUGUGUGGAGUCAAGCUGGACAUCAACAAAUACCAGUACCUGAUCACAGGCCGUGUUCACGACGGGAAGCUGUACACAGGGCUGUGUAACUUCAACGAGCGAUGGGAGCGUCUGUCUCUGGCGCAGAAGAAGGGCAUCAAUCACCGCUAUCAGCUGGGCUGUAACUGCAGGAUCAAGCCGUGUCACUCUCUGCCCUGCUUCGUCACGUCCAAGAACGAGUGUCUGUGGACGGACAUGCUGUCACACUUCGGCUUCCCUGGCUAUCAGUCGCGAAACUACGCCUGCGUCCAGCAGAAGGAGGGCUACUGCAGCUGGUACCGAGGCAUGAGCGCUCGCGACAAGCUCAACAUCAACACCACCGACCCGUGAGACCAGCCUUAAACCACCGCACCACCGG